GGGCUGGUCCUGCUGGGACCGUGCGGAUGGGGCCGAACACCGCCCUCAAAGCCGCCCCGUGGGGUGACAGCGUGUCCCCGUGGGGGGCCGCCGCCCCGCCGCGGGUGUGACACCGAUGUCCCUGUGGGGGUGGGAGGAAGGGGCCCGUGCCCCCCCUCGCUGCGAAUCACAGCGCAUCCCGGGGACCGGCAGGGAAGGGGUUAACACCAAGUGCUGGCGAGGAGGGGGUUAACCAAUCCCCCACCCCCCCACAGCGUAGUUUUGUGGCACCCCCUCCCGUGGGGAUGCAGCGGGUGUUGAGGAGACGGCUAACACCCCGUUCCCCCGAGGUCACAGUCUGUGGCGCGGGGCCGGCAAGGAAGGAGUUAAUCCCUGUCCCCAGCUGCGGUGACAGCGUUCGGGGAGGGCAAAGGGUUAACUCCGCGUUUCGUACCUUCACCCCCCCGCCCCGAAGCCCCCGUCGGGGUCACCUCGCCCCGCUCGGGGGGCAGCACAGCGAGCUGGGGGGGAGCCCGUUCCAUGUGGGUCCGUGGGCAUGGAGGAGGGGGCGGGGGGCCGCAGCCCCGUCGCGUGGAAAAUGGGGUCGGUGCGUGGGAGAGUGGUGUGGAGUCUGAGCCCCAUCCCCACACUGCUGCCAGUGUGGGAACUGGGGACCCUCUGUGGGGAUGGAGGGGGCUUUUUGCCCCAUCCCCAUGCGGGGUGGAUACCCCAAGGGGGCUAUAAAGGGGGCCCCUGUGGGGGGGUUAACUCCAUCCAAAUGCAGACACCCCCAGAGAGGGACAGGGAAUGGGGUCCCUGUGCGGGGGGAAGCUGAGCCCCAUCUCCACGCAGUGGCUGAGAGUGGGGAGCCCGCGCAAGGGGUGAACAAAGGGAUGAACCCCUCAUAAGGGCAUCCAGCAGGGGUACAGACGGGAGCCCCAUGUGGGGGGGGAAAUGAGGGCUGAACCCUAUCUCCUUGCAUCUGAUGGCAUCCCAGUGGGGCUGGGAAUAGAGGGGAGCCCCAUCCCGGUGUGGUUGCCUGUGAGGCUGGGAAUGGGGUGAGGAGGGGACUCAACCCCAUUCCUAUAGAGUUACCCCCCACAGAGCUGGAAAAAGUGGGGAGACCCUCAGUGGAAGCUCUGGGGAUGCUGAGCCCUCUCCGACACGCAGGGGCGGGCUCACCCCAUCCCCACGCGGGUGCCGGGCUGGGGAGGGGGUUGGGGGGGGGCUGGCAGUGGGGCGGGGGAAAGCGGGCGGUGCGUGUGGGGGCCUGGGGAAGGGAUGAUUCAUUGCGUGUACUCAUGACAUCGCUGGCUGCUUCUCUGCGACUGGCAGCCAGCACGGGCACGGGUGGCUCUGCCUGCCCCGCUGCCGCACUCCCCUUGUGCUGCCUGACCAAACUUGGGCUUCGUCUGCCUGCCCCGGCGCUGCCAUGCCAGCCAUCCUGCUCUUCUGGAGCCGUGCGGAGAGGUGAUUCCAGAAGGAGGUUUCGUGCCGUUCGGGCUGCAGCUGCCAAUGAGACCGCAUCCACCGAACCCAUUCUGCGGGCACCUGGGGAGGGGACCCCCGGGGACCGCACUCUCCACGACUUUUCCCCGCCUCGCGCAUCGCUGCCAUCCCACUUUUCUCCCUCCCUUUGUGGGUGCAGCAGCCUGACAGAGGGAGCGCACCAUUCAUUCUGCAGAGCGCGGGGACUCCCUGCCCUCACCCAGGGUUAGGGACGGCGGCAGGGAAGGGGCAGCUGAGGGCUGGGAAGCAGGGAGGGCACGCAGUCCUGCUGCGGAAAUGUCUUAAUCUGGGAGCUCUGUGCCUCCCGGCCCCAGCAAUCUGCCAGAAACCAAUGAGAGGAAAAUCACUGCCUGCCGAGCGCCUUCAUUGAUGGGUUUCGGCGGCGGGGAGGGGAUGGCAGCGCACAAAGGACGUCGCGCUCGCCCCGCACUGAAGACACUCUGGCGCUGACGCCCGCAUCCCCGCUGCACCCGCUGUCCUUGGGGCAAUGUUUAAAAUAAAAUUAGAGCCUUUACGAAGGAGCGCUUGGAGCAUGAAUGUGUUUAUGAAGUUCCGGUAAGUGGCUGUCUGUGUGUCUUGUGUGAAUUGCUGUGGUUCGAGUGCACGCGGUGCCCUGGCGCCACUUAUCACCCCGCUGUGACCUUAUGGUCUGGGAUGGAAAAUCUUAGUGGGACCACUUCAUUGUGGGUUUGUUCCCUUACAUGACUGCGGAGCAGGGGGAUUACGUCAAACGAUUGCUAUUCAGCCGCUUGCCCAUCCUGGGGCUGCGCGAUCUGAUGUCAUGUGCGGGGCUGGAACAAAGGUCUCGCUGCCUUUUUGUUAAGGGGGGAGCGGGGUUAUCUGUGCAGUGCUUUGCUCCGCGUUUUUCUGAGCGCAGCGCCUUUCACUAUGGUGUCCCAGCUCGGAAGGCAGAUCUGAAAUGCUGAAACCCUCAUCCGUCGCAGUGCUCCUUGGCCACCAUCUCAGCAGCAAUUUCCCCUGCUCUCGACAGGGUUAAAUGGGAAGGCAGUGACGGAUGAUUGAGCAGAAGGGGAAAGCGGGGCUGUGCUUGGCGCAGCUGAUGCCAGGAGGUGGGAGGGAGGCUGUGCGGGGACAGAGUCGUGUUUUACCACCACACGUGUGACGCUCGCCUCCGAAGCGUGCCUGGAUCCGGCGGGCCGCCGUCUGGGCCCCCCAGGGCGGCAGCGGGUGAGCAGGGUGGGAGGCACAAGGUGCAGUGUCCCAAGGGCUGGGAGAGGGACUGGCGGUGCCCAGGAACGGGCUGCACCCCAGCACGCGUCCCACCAGCCAAAGACCUCUUGGUGGUGCGUGCAUGCAGGAGGUUUGGUGUAAGCAGGGUUUGCUGUAAUGUCAUAAGAACGGCUGUGAGGUCUCUGGUAGCACCUACGUGGGUGAAAUCUGCUGUUCUGAGUGUAGAAGCAGUUUUUAGACAGUCUUCAGUUUGCUGUUUGACCUUGCUGCAGGUGGCCUGUUUUCCGUAGGGGUGUCUCAGGCAGGAGCUUCUGUGUGUCUGGAGACUGCGUCCUGGGCUGGGUGUUCACGUCAGGCUGCCACUGCCCCCAGGAAUAAGUACUCAGCGCCUGGCAGCGUCGCCGCCGUCAUGGGGAAGGACUACUACAAGAUCUUGGGCAUCCAGUCCGGAGCCAACGAGGAUGAAAUCAAGAAAGCCUAUCGGAAAAUGGCCCUCAAGUAUCACCCCGAUAAGAAUAAAGACCCCAACGCUGAGGAGAAGUUCAAGGAGAUCGCAGAGGCUUACGACGUGCUGAGCGACCCCAAAAAGCGAGCUGUGUACGACCAGUACGGGGAGGAAGGUCUUAAGACUGGAGGUGGCUCCUCAGGUGGCUCAGGGAACACUUUCCAUUACACGUUCCAUGGAGACCCCCACGCCACUUUUGCGUCUUUCUUCGGAGGCUCCAACCCUUUUGAUAUCUUCUUCGCCAGCAGCCGCUCCCGGAUGUUCAACGGCUUUGACCAGGAAGAUAUGGAUAUCGAUGAUGACGAUGAUCCUUUCAGUGCCUUCGGCCGGUUUGGCUUCAACGGCAUUAACGGGGUUCACCGGCGGCACCAGGAGUCCCUGCACACGCGGAGGAAGGUCCAAGACCCACCUGUCAUCCAUGAGCUCAAGGUGUCCCUGGAAGAGAUCUACCACGGCUCCACCAAGAGGAUGAAGAUCACCCGCAGAAGGCUCAACCCUGAUGGCCGGACCAUGCGGACUGAGGAUAAGAUCCUCAACAUUGUCAUCAAACGGGGUUGGAAGGAGGGAACCAAAAUCACAUUCCCCAAAGAAGGGGACGCCACCCCAGACAACAUCCCCGCUGACAUCGUCUUCAUCCUCAAGGACAAGCCUCACUCGCACUUCAAGAGGGAUGGGACGAACGUGGUCUACACCGCAAACAUCAGUCUUAAAGAGGCCCUCUGCGGCUGCACCGUGAACAUUCCCACCAUUGACGGGAGGGUGAUCCCGCUGCCCUGCAACGACAUCAUCAAGCCAGGCACAGUGAAGAGACUCCGUGGGGAGGGGCUGCCUUUCCCCAAGGCCCCCAACCAGCGAGGAGACUUGAUCGUGGAGUUCAAAAUCCGCUUCCCGGACAGAAUAGCUCCCCAGACGAGACAGAUCCUCAAGCAGCACCUCCCGUGCUCCUAGAGCCCCGGGGACUCUCCUCCAAGCAGCAAUACUCCAAAUGCACGUGCCACAGCACCUGGCUCACACAGAGCAGAGGUGCCUGAGCACUUUCAAAUGCAAAAAACCCACUUUUCUUCCCCAAAACUCCCAUCUGUCCCACCUACCCCUGCCCCUCCUGACCCAUUUUGUACUCCAGUGGCGGGAGAGUCUCCUGCCCUCACCUCUCUCCCAGCUGCCGCCUUUUUUUUGUUCUUUCAGAGGUCCGGCUUUGCUGCCUUGCACAAGCGCAUGGCACGGGCUGUGACUUGGGGAUGUGCAUCACUUUGUGGUUUUUGUGUCACCCGCUUUUCAAGCCAACUUUCUGACCGGAGGGUGGGAUUGUAGGGAGCUCAGCGCAGUGUAAAUAGGACUCACGUUAAAUGGGAUCUCGCAUCCCUCCGUGUUAGAUUUCUCUUCCCUUCUUUGAUACUUGCUGCUGUUCGAGGUCCCGGCCGUACCGAGGUGCCAAGGAAACCGUCCUGAGCGCGUACGGCGAAGGGACUGCUCCUACCGGACCGUUUCUAACCUGGGACCACAGCACCCAAUCCUACUGCGGUCCCCUCUCCUGUGCCAAGACCACCACCGAGUGUCACCUGUGCCAAUCGACGGAGCUCAGAGCAGUGGGGACGGUCCCUUCCAGCCUCCUGCCCAGGCUGGGAGCUUUCUUGUUCAGAUGUGUUGAGUUUGCAUUGCUGCUUUAUUUUUUAAUACAUAUAUUUAGCUCGUUAGGUAACUCCGUAAGGGUUUUCUCUGCCCGUUUUGGGUUUCCUGGAGUGGUUGGCCCCAGUGCCGGUGAGCAGCUCAGCCAGACAAACAACCUGCCUGCGAGAGUGGAGAAUGUGUAGCACAAGACUGGGUGCAACAGCAGAGCCAAGCGUGAGCAGAGCCGUGGUUUUGACUAGUGUUCGAGUUCAACCUUAGAGAUUGUAAUAGGUAGAGAAAUGCACGUGUAUAUAUUUUUCUACGGGGAAGUUUAAUUCAGGAGGUGUUUCUGGGUGUGACGGUGGAGCUGAGAGGAGCAUGAGGCAAUCCGCUUGGUGGUUUGGUUUUCAAAUGCUGUAUUUUUUUAAAAACUUCGGAUUUCCAUCAGGAGAAUUUUUAUAUUUCUUACCUUCCUCGGCCAACUCUGCCUCUUGCCAGUUUUUUCCCAGGAGGGGCCAGCCGGGCUCCAUGCGGCUCCUCCGCCGCCGCUCCGCGUCUGCCCGGCCGGUGCUGGGAAAGCCAAGGUGCUUCCCCGGGGCAGCUUUCUGUAAAGGGAAAUCACUGACUUGAAGCAGGGGUCCGGAGGCGUACAGCUGUACAGCGCAUCACGUGGCGGGAGGACAGCCCGUGGGCAUGGGGAUAGAGCACUUGCAUUAUUAAAGCACUACUUAAUUUAUCGACCAGUUUGACUUCAGGUUGGGGUGUGACGCCUUUUCCCUCCACUGUUCUCUCUGGAGUUCAGCAUGCAGAAAACUGGUGGACACUGAUGGAGCGAGAAGACAGGUCAGCACACAGAUGCAAGCUGCUUUGUUUUUCUCAGUUUCAAUGAGACCUGAAUGUUUUAUAGUGUUUUGGUUUUUUUUUUUUUUUUUUAAUGUAACUUUU